UUGCCAGCAUUGAAAAAGUAUUUCCCAGAUUGUCAGCAUGAUAAAUGGAAUAUCAGGGAUUUGUUGGUUUGGAUAAAAGAUAACAUUUUGCGAGAGAGACCAGAAUUAUUUUUACAGGGUGAAUCAGUGAGGCCAGGAAUUUUGGUUUUAAUAAAUGAUGCUGACUGGGAAUUGUUUGGAGAGCUUGAUUAUGAGUUACGGGAUAAUGAUACAAUAAUGUUUAUAUCAACUUUACACGGCGGAUAA